AUGGCUCAAGACGCUGGACGCCUGGAUGGCCUCCCGCCAGUCGCCUCCCCCGAUGCCUCUGGACCAUACUCACCGUGUAGCAACGUCCACCUGAAACAUGAGUAUUCCCUCUGCACGACACAAGCAUCUCUUGAAGCUAUCACAGACAUCAACCCGAGCCUUAACGGUCCCUACUCGCCUGCUACUGUCCCGCCCCAAGCUCAUGAGACACGCCGCUCGGCAGCCGCCACGACCUCGUCUCAUGAUCAUAGUGACGGAACAGACAGACCUGAGCGCGGCGGCUCAUCUCCGACACCACAGCACCCUGGCCUGGGUCUGCAUUCUCAGUAUGAAGAAUACAGCCCGGAGGAUCUCCCGCAACGCAUGCGAGAUUUCCAGGAGAGCCACUCGACCGACUUCGACGGCUACAGCCCUGACACAGUCUCUAAGCCCCCGGCUGAAAGCGUUUUGACUUCUCGGUCAAGUCUCGCCUACAGUGUCAACAACCGCAUCGAUGGGCUGCCCUUGUGUGAUUUGGGUGUACAGACUCAGCCCGGGGAGGAAUGGGCGGCCUGGGAGCCUUGCGCCCCUCCUCAGGAAGGCACCUACCAGCAGUCACUCCACCCCGCAGGUCACUUUGGUCUCGCAUCGUCCGCGGAAGGAGCACAGACUACCUCCUUCCCCUACACUGCAGCGGCGAGCGGGCCAGGACGACCCUACCAGAACAUCCGAGGAGACGACAUUUCCUUUCCACCAACUCCAACUCAUGGAACCUACAGCAGCACUCUGGCCAUGGGAAGCGACGCCAUCUGUAUCCGUCGGGAGGACACUGCGCCCCUUUCCGACCCUGACAUCGACAUGGACGCCGACAUGGUCUACAACCCCAGCCUCUACGAUGCUGAGGAUGUUAUUGGGUCAAGGUCAUCGACUGAGCCUGUGGGAGGUAAGAACGACGAGCCGUACGCCCAGCUCAUCUACAGGGCGUUCAUGUCGCGGCCCAACAAGUCAAUGACGCUGCAGGAGAUCUACCAGUGGUUCAGGGAGAACACAGACAAGGCGAAGAGUACGGGCAAGGGCUGGCAAAACUCCAUCAGGCACAACCUUUCAAUGAAUGGGGCAUUUACCAAGCGGUGCUCAAACCAGCCAGCCCUGAACAGCGAUGGGAGCCUGUCCCUGGACGCCUCGGCCGUGGAUGGAAGGAAGUCGACUGAAUGGUAUCUCGAGCCCAAGUACUAUGGUGGCGUGGAGAGCACGACGAGGUACCGCAAGGGCAACAGCAAGGGUGCUGUCCGGGCCCACCACAGGGGUGAUCGAGCGGUUCAUGGGAACGUCAAAGCCGUGUCAGGCAGAAAAGGUGGUUACCAAGCCGCCCACAACAGGAAGAGAACGAAAGCUGAACAGCAACAAGAAGCAGCUCGCCAGCGAAACCAACGUCUGCAGCAAUGCGGGCCUCACUUCUACCCAGAUGAGGAUGGCCGCUACUACCCUGAAUACCCCCGCCAGUUGCCUCCGAACACGUCCUCUCCCUACCAGAUCCAGGCUUCACCGGGCCUGAAAAGACACGCCGGGAUGCCUCCCAGCCGACAAACCCACCUGAACAUUAACUACUUCCAGUCCGAAUUCGUGGAAAAUGCUCACGGCACGCAUGAGAAAGGGCUAUCGAGCGAUGUCGAUCCCGCCGCCGAGCCAACGACGCCCCCGGGCUCGGAGCACGAGCCGCAGGUUGACGACCUCUCAUACGGCAAUAAGUACCACCACCCUUACCUGCCCGGGUUCUUCGCCAAUACCGACGGCAGCUACCAUCACCCGGCGGCGGUGGCGGCGGCGGCAUUGUCACCCCCGGUCUACCCGCAGCAGUCGGGUUACACGCUCCACCAGGUGGAGGGAAUCUUCGAGGCCCCCGCGGGGAUCGAAACUCCUCUCUUUCUCAGCGGCAGCAGUCUGACUGGCGAGGAGGCCGCGGCCUUGAUGGCAGCAAACCCCCCUUGGGCGAACGCGGGGCCAUACUGCGGAUGA